AGAGAAACUUGUGGUGUGCGAUGGUUCCUUCAAGGAGAUGUUCUGUUGUGAAAGUGGUAAUAAUGUGUUACAGCAGCUGAAAGUAUUACAGUUGGAGUCCCUUGAAGAGCUGGUUUCCAUCUCCUGGAGUGAUUCCUUUGUCAGAAACUUAGAAAGCUUUGAAGUCAUUAAAUGUGGGAGUUUAAAAAGCUUGGUAGCAUGCAAAAAAGGAGUGUCUUUCUCCAAUCUGACAUGUUUGAAAGUAAAAGAUUGCGAUAGCUUAUCAUAUUUGUUGACAUCCUCAACAGCCAAGAGUUUGGGUCAACUGAAAAGAAUGGAGAUAAAAAAUUGUGAUUCAAUUGAAGAGAUAGUGUGUAAGGAGGAAUCAGAUGAGGAUGAGAUAAUAUUUCCGAAGCUCAGUUGUUUAAAUCUCAAAAGGUUAUUUAAGCUGAAAAGCUUCUAUAGAGGGAGUUUAAGUUUUCCAUCCUUGGAGGAACUGACAGUAUACUAUUGUUACAAUAUGAUAACUUUAUGUCCAAGUACCCUAAAAGCAGACAAGUUGUCUCAAGUUAAACUGGAUAAGUUCUCAGAGGCUAUUGAAUUGGAAAUUGAUCUCAACUCUACUAUCCGGAAGAUAUUUCUGAAAGAGGAUACCUCAAUAUUCAUAUUUUAA